AUGGAAGUUAUAACUGAUAAAGAUAUAUAUCGCUGGUGUAAUGAUCAUGGUAUAGAUGUACGAUGCAGUUUAAGUAUUGUGGGAAAUUCCGUAGGAUUCACUGAUGAGGAAGUGAUUACGGAAGCACGGAAACUAUGGGGUGUAAAAGUACCGAUUCUAGUGGAUAAGUGGAAAGGAGAGACCGGGGAGAUUCGGGCCGUAUUGAUAACUACCAAAGACUAUCUAGAUGCAUCCCUGAUUCCUGCCAAUGUAUUAGUAGGAGGAGCAGUGAGUAGGAGAUGGCAGAUAAUGUGGCCCCGAGACGUUAGCAAUAGCGACCGGGAGAGCCCUGAGACUAGCCGAUUGGGGGAGGGGGUAGCAGUACGAGAAGAGAAUUCUCAAAACAGGGGGGAUAACCCUCAACCUUCCAUGCCUAAAGACCCGCCUAAUGACUCCACUAGUGAAACCAUAGAGCCCCAAGUUGAAACCGUUAUGGAUAAAGUGGUGAGCCAUUUCGAACGUUGGCACUACGAAGGAGGAUACCGGAGACUGCGAGUAUUCUCAGGGAUACUACCAAUACCCACCGGGGAAGAAGGAUAUGAUGCUUGGCGGGAGGCCGCCAUACAACAUUCAGAAGAGUGGCGUUGUCCUGAACAUAUCAAAAAGCAGAGGAUCGUAGAAAGUUUAAGAGGCCCUGCUAUGGGAAUCAUCCAUGCCACCCGCCGCAGUAAUUCUAAUGCCACAUUGAAGGAUUACUUUAACGUGUUGGAUUAUUCUUUUGGAACAUUGGAGGACCUAGGGGAUAUUUUAGUACGCCUAAAUCAGACUUAUCAAGAACCCUCGGAAACUCUCACUAACUUCAUCUACCGGAUAGACAAGAUUCUAUACAAACUCCUCGAUAAAGGAGGAAUCCAAUCAUCAGAAAUUGAUGAACGACGCCUCAAACAAUUAUUGAGAGGAGCCCUAACAACCAAUCUGGUGGCCCAACGACUUAGGUGUAGUGGACCCGGGGCAAAACCCCCAACUUUGAGUGAGUUGAUUAAAGAUGUGAAGUUGGAAGAAGUCCAAAUAGAAAAUAGGGAAAAAAGCCUAAAAAGGGUGAAAGUCGUAGUACCCUCAUCAGUGGAACCCCCUCUAAUGUUCUCUCUCCCAAUGAGAGAUUAUAUAAACUGUUAG